GCCUCGAUCGAAAAUCAUCCACGUCAAACGAAAUCGAAGUGCAGAUUGAUUGCAAAACUCGGAAAAACUCUGUUUUACAGGCAAAUUCAAACGAAUUCUUUCAAUCUAAUAACAAAAAACAUGGAUUCGCUACUGGAACCCACAAUGUACACCAUCAAGGGUAUGUGCAUAUUGGACAACGACGGGAACCGGAUACUAGCCAAGUACGAUAAGAACGUUUUUCCCUCGGUCAAGGAGCAGAAAGCGUAUGAGAAGAAUCUGUUCAAUAAGACACACCGGGCUAAUGCGGAAAUCAUCAUGCUGGAUGGGUUGACCUGCGUCUACAAGAGCAAUGUAGAUCUGUUUUUCUACGUAAUGGGCAGCACCCACGAGAACGAGCUGAUCCUGCUGUCGGUGCUGAACUGUCUGUUCGAUACGGUUUCGAUGAUCCUGAAGAAGAACGUCGAGAAGCGGGCGGUUCUGGAGAAUCUAGACGUGGUGAUGUUGGCCUUUGACGAGAUCGUCGAUGGAGGCAUUAUUAUGGACGCGGACCCAUCGUCGGUUGUGAAACGGGUAGAUCUGCGCAACGACGAUAUUCCCAUUGGCGAACAAACGGUAGUUCAGGUUCUGCAAUCAGCUAGGGAACAGUUGAAAUGGUCCUUGCUAAAGUAACUCGUUUGUGUGCUGCCGCGUCCAGCAUACAUUAGUGGUCACUUUUUGUCGGUUGACCGUUUUGGGUAAGUUCACUAGCGUAGUGCGUCGCCUGUCAAGCAUAAGUUUUAAGCCAAGUAUACAUUCUAGUACUAUUAAUGCAUAUUUAAGCAAGUAUCGAUGAUUGAAAGAAGGAAUACAAACAUAUAAAGUUUAAAAUGA